CCACGAGAGGAGACGGUCGUGCAUCGAUCCUCAGUGUCGGAAGACAGACGCGUGUAGCUAAAAAAAAUCUACAGCCUCCCGCGUUUCGUUUUCAACCCUCGCAGUAUGAUCGUGUUUGUUGCCUUAGUUAUCGCAACCGCGACUGGUAGGGUUGAAGCCACGAGCUGCGAAGCAGCGGCGGCUGCUGCGGCAUUAGAAGAUGGCGGCACGGUUGUGGAAACGAGCCUGAAACUGCUGACUGGCACUUGGAUAUCGGAAGGCUGCGAGACCCGUCCCGGUCCAGAGUACGUCAUACGUUCCUACUCAUUCAGCGACGAUGGUAGAUAUCUGCUCACCCAACACCAUUAUUGGGACGACUCUUGUUCAAGUCCUCAGCUGACGAUUACGUCCCACGGCAAAAUCCAGAUGAAGAGCUCGUUGGUGCAGCCAGGAGCAGCGGCGGGGGUUUUCAGGGUUACCAACAUCACCGUCAUCCCGCAGGAUGAGAACGCAGCGAGGAGACUGGACCGGACCGUCUCCGUCGAGUGUCCAGGUCAAUAUUGGAAAUCGUGGCGCAAAUACGAAGAACAUACCGUCUACGACAACCGCUAUGACGAGAAAAAGAAAACGUUCAACCUCUGGAUGUCGUCGUACAACGCCAACAGCCACCAUUCGAUCAACAGCAAAGGUAGCAACGUCCACUUCAGCGACAUCUCGUGUCUCGGCUCGCUGAAGUGGGCUUUCAACGAGCUGAAGCUGCUGAAGGUCCAGCUCAGGCCUCUGCCGGACCAAGCGAAGAAGCGUCCGAAAGAGGUGAAGAUGGAACUCCUGCUUGGCGACAUCCAUUCGAGCUACAAGCUACGGCAGUAUUACAACCCGACUAGUUUUCAAGUGCCUCUCGUGAAGCAAGUCAAAGAACCCAGCACGAUCUUCGUCAAUCGACAUUCGUAUCUGGUGCGCAACACUCAAGCGAUACCGGUCAACAUGUUCAGCAACAGCAUGACUCCUCCCCAUCUAAUCGAGAAACCUCAUCUGCCUCCAUACAUCUGGGGCGACUGGACUUCUACGAGAUGCGAGUCUAGACCGAUGAACUUGUACCUCACCAGAAGGUUCUCGUUCUAUUCCGAAGACGACACAUGGAUCGGUGAGCACAAAUUCUACUCCGACCCGUUCUGCAAGAUACCGAAGUUCACCGUCACCGCUGCCGGUCACUAUAAGCUCGUUGGAGGCAAUAGGGAGAUCAAAGGAACUAGCGAUAUAGACUUCCACAGGGAGAGAGCGAGCCUGACGGUCUUGGAUCAGAGGAUGAUCGACGAAAUGAGGUUGCCAGAACUGUGUGGCGACGACGAGUGGCAAGUCGAUGUUCCGAAGGAGAUGGCGUCCAACGGAGGUUGCAUCCAAUUGGGAAUGAUGUUGCCCAGCACUCAACGCGAUAUUGUGAAGCUCGAGAUGGACUACAGGGGAGCGUGGUUGCUGUAUCUGGGUCAGGUGGAUACGGACAACCUACAGUCCGCUCAGGAGGAGCACCAAAGGCCCUCGGCCUUCCAAUUGCCGUUGGUGAAGUGCGGCGAGACCCCCGGUUUUUCCUUGGGUCUCAGGGAGAUUUUAAGCGACGCCGUUAAUUUUAAUACGGGCGGCGAUCGGAAAGUGACGCCCGUUUGGACGGUGGCCGUUAUCGUGAUAUUAUACUUUAGGUGAUAGUAAUUGUUAGGUCGUGUAAAUAAUUUUAGACGUAAGUUGUACAUUUUAACGAAGAGGGACAAUUUUACCAGUGAUAUGUAAAUAGACUAUUAAUGUAAAUAUAUGCGCGCAUUCAAAUAAAGUAAUCGACUUGUAGUUUCAUGAUUAAUCUGUGGUUUCGCGAAUUCAGGCGUGAAAACCGA